AUGCAACUCACGACGAUAGUCUCCGCCCUGGUCCUGCCCGUCCUGGCUCUUGCCGACGGCGCUGCUGUCCUGUCCACCACCACCAUGACCUCGUCCAUGGUCCUGACCAAGACGGUCACCCUGCAGCGUGUUGUUGCCACCACCACCAUGUAUCCCCUGAACUCGACCACCAGCUAUAUGCCCACCGGCACUGGCUCCAAGACGACCUUUGUCGUUCCUACCACCUCGGCCGGCAACACUGCGGCGCCCUCUGUGGUUCCUCCCAUCAACAAGAACGCCGGUGUACAGCUGGGCGCUGCCCACGUCGCCCUUGCCGGUGCCGCUGGCGCCGUCAUCGCCGCUUUCCUGUAA